AUGAUAUUGUUUCGCAAAUUCAGAGUGCUGAUACUUAUGGUGUUUUUGGUCGCGUGCACCAUGCACAUCAUGAUAGACUUGUUACCAAAGCUGGAGAAGAGGGCGGCCGGAGCGGAGCGCGGGGAGCCGGGCUGUGAGUGCGCGCAGCACGCGGGCGCAGAGGCGCGCGGCUGGGGGAAGCAGCGCGCCAGGUCUGCCCCCGAACCGGGCUGGCCUAACAAGCACACGCUGCGGAUCCUGCAGGAUUUCAGCAACGAGCCCAGCUCCAACCUCACGUCGCACUCCCUGGAAAAGAUAACGGCCGGGGGGGGGGACUCCCCCGGGCGGAUGAGGCAGUCGGCGGGGAAAGCGGAGGACCACAAACCGCUCAUAGGGGACGCGAGCGGGGGUCGGACCGUCCCUGCCCACAGUGUUUCCCCACUGUCCGCUUUGUUUGAGCAUCCUUUAUACAAGGUUGCCCUUCCUCCCCUCACUGAUGAUGACACUUUAUUUAAUGUCAACACUGACAUCAGGUUCUAUCCCAGAGCCACAGGGGACCAAGGAUGGCACAAUGAUGAAGGGAACGAGGAUGAGGAUGUGUUCACACCCACUGAGGAGCGGACGGCAGAAUCUUACCCCAACUGGCUGCGUUUCCACAUAGGAAUCAACCGUUUUGAGCUGUACCCCAGACACAGUCCUGUGCUGGACUCUCUGCUGAAGGACCUGGUCACUCAGAGGAUCACCAGCGUGGCCAUGAAAUCAGGAGGCACCCAGCUGAAGCUCAUCAUGACUUUCCAGAACUACGGCCAAGCACUGUUCAAGCCUAUGAAGUAA